AUGGCUGAAUUCCCAACCCUGCAGCCCGCCUUCACCAUUCAGGUUGAAAUUGGCGAGCCAUUGGCUGUUGGCAGUCUCAACGUCGUGCCCAUGACCAGUGGCACCCUCAAGAGCGAGCCUGGUUUCUCUCCUGCCAUCGACUCCAGUUUCGCCGGAACUGGCAAUGACUACAUCCGCGCCAGCGCUGACGGAAAGCACCUGCGUCUGGAUGCCCACGGAGUUGUCAAGACCAAGGAUGACGCCCUGCUUUACCUACACUACCUUGGAGACAUCAAUGUGACCGAGGCGGAGGCUGCCGUCUUCGGCGGGAAGGCUGCAGAAGGUCCUACGCCGUGGGGUAACAUCUUCACCAGCAUCAAAUUCGAGACCGGAGAUGAGCGAUACAAGGACCUGGAGAAGCGCGUUUUCGUCGCUCAGGGCCGCUUCGUGAUCAGGAAGGACAAGCCUUCUGUGGUGGAGUACAAGGUGAGCCAGGUUGUACAGGCUAGACAACGAGAUUCUGCGCUAUGA